GGCGAGGACAACUCUGUGCACUUUUCGAAAAGGUGAGUUGCACGACCCAAUGUUACACAGCAGAGACAGCAAUCAUGCAUCACCGCAGUACGGCAUCUGCCAAGAAGGCGUUUUGCCCUCCUUUCAAAUCUACCGCAGAUUCAGUGAGGCGCCCGCCUGUCGGUAAAGAGACCACUUUUCAAAGCAGCCCAUUGCUUUGUUCUCUCGUAUCAGAGGAUGCUGCCCACCCGCCUUGCAAUCAAGUGUCCUCUCAAGAUUCUGCUGCUCUUGGCAUACACCACAAACUCAACAAAGCUGCGUGUGCGUCAGCCAACCGUGCCUGUGCGCCCUGUGUUGUUUCGUCACUUGAAAGUGCCACAAAAUUUCUCGCGCGAACAACGUGUCAACCUGCGCGCCUAUCUCGCAACGUAGGAGGACCAGUGCAGCAGGCGGAAACAGCGGCACCGCAACAUUCAACCAACGUCGGUGACGAUGAGAGGAGAACGGCACUUGCCGACGAAACUGUGCAUUGGAUUGUCGCGGCACAAAAAGCCGUCCAGUACUUGGCAGAGUCGCUGACGAAUGGCGACGUGGAGCGUGUGUUGGCGGAACUGUGCGUGAACGCCCAGAGUGUUCUCUAUUCCCCCGAAGAAGGCGGUUUCGUGCAACUGUAACCGCCUCUGGUGGGGUCCGUUGCCUUCAAGAAGCCCUUGAGAUUGAAGCGCUCCACUCGGCUCAAGGUGCAGCGUACGGCGAAAAGAGGCUGUCCGUGAUCUCCAACUGGGAUUGCUGCGAGCUUGUGUCGUCUCGCGUCCUUUUCUUCUUCUUUAUUCUUCUCUAUUGCAUCUGUUUCUGACCACUUCCGCUUUGCAUCUGCUUUUCAUUCAAGAGAGUUGAAAAGGCUUACGAAAACAAAAAAACCACUGUGCAGAUCCUCGCUUUCACUGCGGUCAAAUACAACGAGGACAAAGAGUCGGGCUAUCAGAGGCGCGUUGUUGAGGCUGUUCCCUCCCACACAAUACGUAGCAAGUAUCGCUGAAUGUCUUCUACGCUUCCUGAGUGCCACUUUUUUGUUUUUGCUGGCUUCAUCUGCCCGCUUGCACUGUGCAAAACGAGAAUUCGUGUCUCUCGUGCUUUCACUCGCUUUCCUACGCCUGCUUAUUCAACGGUUUCUCUGUUGUCUGCUUACGAAUCUGCGCCGCGUCCGUUGGUUUCCUCUCAUCAGAGAAAAACAAGAUAUGUUAUCGACCGACGAGGUAAUGUAAUGAGGAGAACAGCGCACAUUUGCAGACAUGUUGCCGUCUGCCGCACCUUGAAAUCGUUUUGGCACAGAGGGCAAUGGCGUGCCGCGGCUGCCGCAAGUCCACAUGUAGGUGGCACACAACCUUUUUCGUAUACUGCGGUGCUCGACGCGUCUGCGCGCUUUGCGCACGCCACGGCGACGCCGUCGCCCGAGCUUUCGCUCGCGAGGAAGGUGCAUGCGUUCGUCCCUCCUACCUUCACCUCGAUUCAGCAAAUAUCACGUCAGGUGCCACCAUCGCUGAUGGAACAGAUAUCGAGCCCCAGCUGCGGGGGACUUCGACAACUUCUUUCACGCUAUCCUGACAUGUACGAAAGCAGGCAAAUGGGACUGGUGCACGUGGCUCGCCGAAGGUCCGUGGAGUCUUCGGUGAGCGCUGAAGGUUCAGUGGGUGGCUUGACUUCUAGUAUUCGGGCGUCCAGGACCCCCCACAGCGCAUCGACUGCGCUCCCUAUCACGGAGGCGGCCAUGGCAGAGCUGCAGGAGCUUUUCCCGGACUUUCUGGUCCCUGUUAAAGCACUGUGGGAGACUACCCCGGAGGCACAGGAGGAGUCAAAGAGAAGAGUCAUGAGUGCGCUUCGCGCACACCAAAGUUCGUGGCUGACGUUCUACGCACAUCCAGCACACCGUGCCCCUCGUGGGGAAACGUCCGAAGUGGCCGAACGCGAACAGUAUAGGAAGGAGUGCCGCACCUCUGUUCUGGAAAGCGGAUAUGUGAUGCUGAGCGAUGCUGCUCGACUCUCGCUUGCGGGACAGCGUGUCGUGAAUGACGAAGGUGGUGUGCACACUGAGAAUGGUAGCUCUUCUGCACCGACGCACCCUUGUCGGUGUGACGUGCGCGCACGACUGGCUGACUACACGAUUCAGCCGUACGAGUGGUACCGCGUGGCGCGGGUGCUGCCGACGGCGGCGAAGGAGGUGCUGUUUGGGGAAGAGCUGUACGAUGCGGCAGCCGCCCUCCUUCCGUCCUGGCGCGAUGUGUGGCAGGUGCUGUUCAGUGCCCCGCAUCUCUUCACCGUCCGCUACGACGAUGGAACGGAGUGCUCGCCGUCUGCCGACGCUGCCGCCGCAUCCAAAACACGCAGUAUGGCGCACCUCACACCAACGGCAGACUCUGCUGCAACACGCCUCUUCGUGCGCUUCAACCUCCACCCGCGCUUUAUCCCGCCAGGCGUGGCCUUUGUGCGCGAAGAGGAGCUUUUGCAGAGGCUGGGGGAGGUGGCCGUGGAUCGCGAGAAAAACCGCUGCGGCCUCACUACGCGUCAGCGGCGCCACAAGCGGAAGCUGCAGCGGCAACUCACCUACCUGCGCAAUCCAACGCCGUACUUUGACGACCGCGUCCUGGCUCAGCACCUCUUUGAUUUGCUGCCCAUGCGACACGGCGUGCAUCAGUCCGCCCUACUCGGCGCACUGCCCUCGCACGCCGUGAGCGCGUUUCCCCACAACGUCACCGACUUGCUGAAGGAGCGCGGCGAUCUUUUCCGCUUGGCGGACGCCCGGCACGGUGUGCUGGUGCAACGCGCUGACGCCGUUCUGGAGGAGUCGCAACGUUCCGUCGACAGCGUCACGGGCGAAGAGGUGCUGCAGUGCAUCUUCUCCAGCUACUCCACCCAUAACGAUCCGCGCAAUGGGACGACAAUCAGCCGCAGCCUGGCACGCCUGCCACGAUUGAUUCGUGAACGACUGUUUGCAAUGCACGAUGUGGUGCAGGAAUUGCUGUGCUUGUACCCAGAAAAGGUGGCGGUGCUCUCGGAUGCGUCGCUGACCCAGCAAGAGACGCAGCUGGAUGAGCGGGCCACCCGGGAGCUGCAAAACGUGCGCGGCCGUCGCGAUUUCCUGAUCCCUUUCCGCUUCGUCGGGGAGUGGGAGGAGAAGCUGCUGGAGAAGUAUACGAGGCAUCAGGAGAAGGAGUUGGCCAAGAGCGGUGCACGUAAGCACUCGACAAACAACCGCCGACCUCGUUACUAA